GAACUCUUGGGCGUGGAGGAAGAAGCCACGCAGGAGGAGAUCAUCCGAGCCUAUCGGCAGCGAGCUUUAGAGCAGCAUCCCGACAAAGGUGGGGACAAAGAUGACUUCGAUGCGCUGAACAAGGCGUAUGCCACCCUCAAUGAUGACGCGCGCAGGCGAGCCUACGAUCUUCAGCUUGCCAAGGAGAGGGAGCGCGAGCUGUUGGUCGAGGGCGGCCGAAGCACUUUCUCCAAGCAGCAGUUGCAGGCGCCCAUGCCUCGAAUCAAGACAGCUCCAACACCCGGCUCCAAGAGGCAGGCCCAGAUGCGGACGUCACAGCCCGGGAAGCCACAGUGUUGCGCCCACGAGUGGAAGGGCAUGGGCUCUGGAAAAAGCCUACUCAAAAUGCUGACGGACGAUGUCACCGCGGAGGAAAGGACGCAGAAGCUUCUUGACCAGUACACCUCCUUGCCGCGGAACAAGGAGAAGAGGCAGGAAUGGACCAAUGGCCUUCGUGGCAAGGAGAAGCAAGAUCUAAAGGCGGCAGCCAAGAGAAAGGAGGAGAAGGAGAGGGCUAAGUGGUCGUCUUGGCUCAGCAACGGCGUAGCGCAUGCCAAGAGCGAGGGGGCUGCCAAGGCGAAGGCCAAGACCAAGCCCAAGGCGAAAGCUUUCGCACCGAAGCCGCGGGCAGAUCUCCAGAAGGCUGCGGAAGAGCUUGCGGCGGACAAGAUGGCAGAUUUGACCCUCGAGGCCCCUGAUGCAGCUGCGCUGGCACCAUCUGAGAUUCCUGCUGCCUAG